AUGAAGUGUAACCAUCUCCUGUCCUGGGCCUUCCUGCUCGUGGCCUCUGGCCCACUGCUGGCUCACCCCAUCACAGAAUCUGCAGAGAUGCCUUAUCCAGGACCUGUAUCAGUGGAGGACCGAGGAGUCGGCGCUUUGGAUGAUCUGUCCUUCUCUGAGCAAACCUUCCCUCCUCAGGAUGGUCUCAGAUAUUCCACUCUGAUAUCUGGAGAGUUUAACAGAGAUGGUGUCAGAACAAGCCUGCUUCCCAGGGGGAUGAAAAGAGAGGUCCUAUUGGAGAAACAAAGUCUCCUAAAUCCUUUCAGCCACGUGCUGGGCAUCCGGAAGCAGUUCAGGAAGAGAGCAGGGAAUGCUGAGUGUUUCUGGAAGUACUGCGUCUAACACCGUCAACCGGCUGCUACACACAAGAGACAGGGCUUGCACUAAAACAAAAACCCCUAUCUCGCACUCACAUGCAGACGAAAUAAGAAAACAUCAUGCAUGUAUGUGUAUGCACAUGCAUAUGUGCAUUUAAAUACAUAUAGACACACUCACACAGUGCUGUCAGUGUUUGUUCAAAAAGAGAACAAUGCCAUAAGUAUGAUUGAGACAAGUU